AUGGCUCGGAGCGGCAGCCGGCGCGGCCCGCGGAAAGGCGCCUUGCGCGGGUCCUGCCGGCGCCGCCUCCGCCCCCCCUUCAGCGGGCACUGCGCCUGCGCCGGCGCUCCCGCCCCGCCAGGGGGCGGCCGCGCCCCCGGUGCUCCGCAGUCCCCGUGGGCGGGCCCCGGCGCGGCCCCGCCCGGCGCAGCGUGGCCAUGGCGGCGGCGGCGGCGGCGCGCGGGGCCCUGGCGGGUCGGUACCGGGGCGGAUCGGUACCGGGGCGGCGUGGCGGUGUCGGGGCGGUUUCGGUGUCGGGGCUGGGGCUGUGUGGCUGGGACGUUUGUGCUGAGGCUCUCCCGUGUCCCCCCAGGGAUCCUGCGGCGCUGGGCCCCCCGCGCCCUCCCGCUCUGCGGCCCCUCCGCCCGGUGCGUCGGGCACGGACCGGCCCCGGCCCCGGCCCCGGCCCCGCUCUGGACCCCGCGGCUGCUCGGCGAGAACCGGCCCCGGGCAGGGACCCCCUCGGUGCUCAGCAGUGUCACACCUCUACUUCCAAGUUUACUCCAGCAGCCAGCAAGGACCCUCACCUACUGCAGCUUACGGAAAGGAAAGAGGAAAAGUGUGAAAUCUGUGGUGAAAAGGUUCCUCCGGCUGCACAACGGCCUCUGGGUUAGGAGAAAGUCUGGUUAUAAGAAGAAGCUGUGGAAGAAGUCAGCUGCCAAGAGGAAGCGUUUGAGGGAGUUUGUGUUGUGCACGAGGACACAGUGUAAGCUCCUGGAUAAAAUGACCACUUCCUUCUGGAAGAGGAGGAACUGGUACGCCGAUGAUCCCUACCAGAAGUACCACGACCGCACAAAUCUUCGUGUGUAGGAAUCUUGGGUUUGCAAUCUCUAGGAAAGGGGGUUGUGUGGCAUGGUCUGGAUUUUGGAACAUAAAUCUGCAAUGCCUGUACUUUUUUAAAAUAAACAUGUGCAUAUCAUCUGAGCAGAAUUAUGGGAACUAAUGCCCAAAAUAAAGGAAUAUUCAAGAGUA